AUGCUGGGCAUUUUGGCAGACCGCCCACUUCACACCCUGGAGAUUAAGGAGCUGCAUCCAACAUUUGGUGCCGAGGUGGAAGGUGUUGACUUCUCUAAGGCGAUCCCGGACGACGUUUUCGAGGAGAUUUUGACAGCUUCAGCAAAGUACGGCGUCCUCGUAUUUCGAUCUACGGGCCUCGAUGAUCCACAGCACGUUGAAUUCUCUCGACGAUUCGGCGAGCUCGACGACACUCGCCCGUACAUGACCAAUGGUCGCAAGCCGCGUUACGAAUACUACGAGCUGUUCGAUGCUGGUAAUAUCGACACCGAAACUGGUUGUCCGCUUGAUCCAACUUCUGGCCGCGCUCAAUACAACAAAGGCAACGGUCUCUUUCAUGUAGACUCAUCUUUCAACCCGAGAAGAGCUUCAUACUCGAUUCUCAAAGCAACAGAGUUGCCUCCUCCCGACACUGGUGGUACCACUGACUUUGCAGAUACUCGCACGGCUUUCGAUGAGCUGCCUGACCAUUUGAAGCGUCGGCUGCUCGACAACGACUACGUUGGCGCACAUUCGCUACAUCAUAGUCGCAAGACCGCCGCUCCCGAGUUCUUCAAAGAUACCGACCCGACUGAGUAUAAGAUGCACUAUCACCGCAUUACACAGAAGCACGAACCCAGUGACAGAAUGAACCUUUACAUUGCUGCUCAUGCUCACCAUAUCGAGGGGCUUCCAGCGGAAGAGUCUGCUGCGCUAUUGAAGGAGCUGAUGAAUCACUGCACGCAAGAGAAGUACUGUAUGUCUGUACAAUGGAAAAAUAAGGGUGAUCUAGUCAUUUGGGAUAAGUAA